AUGAAAGGAAGGAGUGCAGAAGUGGCGGACAUGUUGAAGAGAAGGAAAGUUGAUGUGUGUGGGUUUCAGGAGGUAAGGUUUAAAGGUGAAGGUACGACAGUCAUAAAGGGUGAAGAUAAUGGAGCGAGAUUUAAGUGGUUUUGGAAGGGAAACGGAAGUAGCACGAAUGGUGUUGGCUUUGCGAUAAGAGAGGAUUGGGCAAAGUCGGUUGUAGCAGUGAAGAGAGUUUCGGACAGAGUCCUGAGAGUUGAUGUAGUUAUUGAGGCCGAAGUUGUGAGUUUCGUUGUGGUGUAUGCUCCGCAGGUUGGACGAAGUGCGGAGGAGAAGGAAAAGUUCUACGACAGCGUGUAUGCAGUGAGAGCAGACAUUAGAGGGCGAUGUGUGAUGCUUGGUGAUUGGAACGGUCAUGUGGGAAGCGUAAGAAAAGGAUACUGUGCGCAUGGAGGUUUUGGAGUUGGUGAUAUGAAUGCUGAAGGCGAGGCGAUAUUGGAGUUAGCAGCGAGUUGUGGGAUGGUGGUAGUGAAUACGUGGUUUAUAAAGGAAGAAAGCAAGCUUGUGACGUAUGAAUCUGGUGACAGUAGGACGGUGGUGGAUUAUAUACUGGUGAAUGAAGAAGAGAAAAACGUGAAGGAUGCAAAAGUGAUUGCAGGAGAAUGUGACCAGCACAAGCUGCUGGUCAUGGACUGGAGAAUCAGGAAGGUGAAGAGGAGAAAGGUUGAGGGUAAAGGCAGGCUUAAGCUAUGGAAGUUGAUCGAAUGA